AUGGCUGGAGGAAGUAAAUCACCGGCGUCAUCUUUGGAAGAUGGAAAGGCAUACGUCAAUGCUGUGAAGGUCGCAUUGGAGGAAGCGGAACCUGCAAAAUAUCAAGAGUUUCUAAGACUCUUUCAUGAGGUGAUAGCGCGAAGGAUGGGUAUGGCUACUUUCAGUGCACGCAUGCAGGACCUCUUGAAAGAUCACCCGAGUCUGUGUCUUGGUUUAAAUGUCAUGCUUGCACCUGAGUAUCAGAGAGCCAUCCCUCCCGAGGCUAGCGAAGAGUUUCAUAAGGUGGUUGGAAGAAGCGUACCACGUCCGGAGCCUACCAUAGAUGAUGCGACUUCAUACCUCAUUGCUGUGAAGGAAGCAUUUCAUGAUGAACCUGCAAAAUAUGAGGAAAUGCUUAAGCUCUUGAAUGAUUUUAAAGCUCGCAGAGUCAAUGCCGCUAGUGUCAUUGCUAGGGUGGAGGAACUCAUGAAAGAUCACUCGAAUCUGCUUUUUGGUUUCUGUGUCUUCCUUUCAGCUACAACGAGUUUUACCACGAAGCUUAAGGCAAAGUUUCAGGGCGAUGGUAGUCAAGUAGUUGACUCAGUUCUUCAGAUAAUGAGAAUGUACGGUGAGGGAAACAAGUCCAAACAUGAUGCGUAUCAGGAGAUCGUUGCACUUGUUCAGGGUCAUGACGAUUUAGUCAUGGAGCUUUCACAAAUUUUCACUGAUCCAUCUACUAGAGUCUAG